AUGCCGAAUCUGACCUCCCUUGACGCAUUGACCGUCAACACCCCGCUUCCUCUUCUCGGUCCUCAUCUACCUGCCUUUGUCCUAUCGGUAGCUGCUUGCUAUGCCAUACAAUACGCCACAUACGCCUUCGGGCCGAGUCUGGUCGGUGCCGGAAAAUGGGCACAGCUCGACCGGCGUACAAGGACGGAAAGCCUCACUCGGACCGUCUCGACUGUCCACGCCGUCAUCGCUAUCCCCUGCGCAAUAUAUGCGCUGAGCUCCAAGACACUCCAGGCAGAUCCUGUAUUUGGGUAUGAUCGUGAUGUAGGUCAUAUCCUGGCGAUAUCGGCCGGAUACUUCCUGUGGGACACGAUCGAUUCGUGCCUCAACUCUUCAGCCGGAUUCGUGCUCCACGGGGCGGCCUGCUUGGUGGUCUAUCUCUGCGCGUUCCGCCCAUUCUUGGCGGGAUACGGAGCGCCGUUUCUCCUAUGGGAACUGUCCACACCGAUUCUGAACCUGUACUGGUUCAUGGAUAAGCUAGGCACUGGUCGUCUACAUCCCGAGGUGAUCAAUAUCACCGGUGCCAUUUUCGCUUUCACCUUCUUUGGCGCCCGGAUUUGCUAUGGCGGAUACACUAGCUUGUCGGUCUUCCGCGAUCUAUGGCUUGAGCGCGAUCAGCUCAACUCGUUCCUGACUCUCAAUAUCUGCGCCGGGUGUCUAGCUCUCAACGGCUUGAACUGGAUGUGGUUUAUCAAGAUCUGCCGCAAGUUUCUCGGUGUCAGGUCCAGGUCGACUAAGGCUGAAGGAAAGAAGCCUUAA